UGGGUAUCGGGCACAUCUCAUUCCGGCACAGCUGAGGAGGAAGAUGGAGUUCACUGUUCAUGCUGUGCUGUUCCUCCUGCUCCUGUCUCAAGCUCUCGUCGUCGUUCACUCGCAGGAGGAGGAGGAGGAGGCUGUCCAGGAGGAGGAGCUGCAGGAUGAGGACCAGGACCAGGAGGUGAUCGAGACAUGGACGCGGAACAUCAAGGCCUGCACCUGUGAUUGUGAGUCGGCCGACUCUCCCACGGGCACCCCUGCUGUCAUCCCAGCUGUACCGCCGACCUCGGUGCUGCCCCCUCCGCCUCAGGGUCACUCACUGAACUGCAUGCCAGAGUGCCCCUACCACAGACCCCUGGGCUUCGAAUCUGGAUCCGUGACCUCAGAUCAGAUCAGCUGCUCCAACCAGGAACAGUACACCGGCUGGUACUCCUCCUGGUUCCCCAACAAAGCCCGCCUUAACAACCAGGGCUUCGGGUGUGCAUGGCUGUCCAAGUUCAACGACCAGUACCAGUGGAUCCAGAUCGACCUGAAGGAGGUGGGUGUGGUGUCCGGCAUCCUCACCCAGGGCCGCUGUGAUGCUGAUGAGUGGAUUACUAAAUACAGCGUUCAGUACCGCACCGUGGAGACUCUCAACUGGAUCUAUUACAAGGACCAGACAGGAAACAACAGGGUCUUCUACGGCAACUCGGAUCGCUCAUCUACGGUGCAAAACCUGCUGCGCCCGCCUAUUGUGGCUCGCUACAUCCGCCUGCUGCCGCUGGGUUGGCACACCCGCAUUGCCAUGAGGAUGGAGCUGCUGAUGUGCAUGAACAAGUGCACCUGAAUUACUUCGCAUUAUCCUCACCAUGCAUCCUUCCCCUGUCAUCCAGCCACUUGCCAAAACAGGAACAUUGGUCCAGGACUGAAAGAUUCAUUGUGUUACUUUGAUGUGAACUUCAGUCCUUAAACAUGUCUGUCCUUCUUUGGUUUGGCUGAAAACAAUCUCUGGGCAGGUGGACACAUUUGAUGUUCUUUGAUGCGCUAUUUAUCUCUCUUAAACUCUAUUAAGUUAUUGUUUUAAUCUGUACAUACACAUCUGGACCCCAUCCUCACCUUUCUUGAUGCAAUCUGUUAACUCAAAUCAUGCUAAAGGAGUUUUAUGUGAUUCAGACUCUAAUAAAAACAGAUUCUCCAGGUAAAGAGUCAAAUCAAAUUGGCUUGUUUUAUUUGAGAUUUUACUGGUACAUAUGUAAACAUGAAUAUUCUAAAAGUGUUAAGCAUUCAUUUGUGGAUUUAUGUUGUUCUCAUGUAAAUGCUCCAUUGGAAAAAAAAAAAGCAGAUAAACACUGACUAUGCUACUAAUUUGUGUCUGUAAUAAAAGCACAAACUUAA